AUGAGCCGCAAAGAUUUCCUGCAGAACGUCGCCUCCGCGAGCGUGGCCGUUAGUCUCUCGGACUAUUUUGGCAUCAACUUUGCUCGCACGAACGACGAGAGAGUGGCAUUGGAGAGUCAGACGGUCAAGCGCUACUCGCUGAAGCAACACAAGCAGUACUUUGAGGAACUAAUGAAAAACACCCUGUAUGCAGACGACGUGCGGCAGCUCCUACAAGGCGCCAAACGGGGGAAGGCUUUUUUUGUCGUCGGUUUCCUCACUACGCAAGGUACCAUCUGGAGCCGGGAGCACGGGCAGCUACGGUCCUCUGGCGUCGACGUCAAGGUCCCGCUCUCCGCGGCGUUAGGCCUCCCGCUCCCCGGUCUGGACCCCGGCAUAGGUGUUUCAGGCUCUGUUGAGCGGAAACAGAGCUCUGAGGCCUCAACGGCUGCAACAGAGAUUUUCGCGAUGGCGUACGACGUGGUCAAGUUCAACUAUUCUCUUGACAGGAAUGCGUCGAAAUACGUCAGAAAAGAUGUCAUGGGCAGUGAUGAUGAGGAGGGUGAGGAGGACGAUGGGAAAGAGGAGGACGAGGAGCAUAGAGGUGAAGUAGCGGCACAGGAAUCAGAGAAAGCCGACGAGUCGACCAGAAGCUCGACGCCGCAAGUCGUUCUCGCACGGGUGCAUGAUUUGCAGCUAGAAGAACUCGAUACGGAGACCGCAGGCGCGGAUGACAUGCUGAUAAGCUUCGACGAUCAGUGA